UCAGGUCUGCUCCCCCACUAGGCAGACUAUAAUUAAAUGGCAAAUAGAGUUAUGGUGUGUUUAGUGCUUCUUGGGAUAUCAGAUUCGCAUCACCAGCAUCACAUCUUAAAUUCCCAACUUCUACUUUAUUGAAGCGUACCCACCCUCAACCACUUAUUGCAUUGUGCCAACGGUUUGAAAGCGUUAAAUCCAAUACCGGUACAUAACAUCAUUUCACAUGUCAUCCGCUGCUUCCGUGGGGAUUUAGAUAUCCACGUCGGCGCUCAAGUUCCCAGUCAUCCUCGAGUCUACUGAUAUAAGUGUUUUUGACUAGUCUCCGUGUCUUUCUUCAAGGCUACAUCGAAUAACUAGUCGCACUCUAUCAAAAAGCGGGUCCUUUGGUGUCAAUGUUAUCUACCACAGUCAAUCAAGUCCGAGGUGAGGAGCAAAGGUCAUUCAACGACCUCACCCAGCAUCUUCGUAAGCGAUCCAAUUAUCCAAUCGCUCACGGAGGCUUCGGAGAUAUUUGGAGAUGCAGCUUAGUUUUGUCUACACAAUUUACUGAAGAGGAUGUGGCAGUCAAAGCCAUCAGAUCUUACUUCUUUGAUGAGAAUGAUCGAAUCAAGAAGGAUAAGCGGUUGCGUCGGGAAUUAAUCAUAUGGCAAAAACUUAUCCAUGACAACAUCCUCCCAUUAUAUGGCGUUGCCCUCGGAUUCGGUCCAUUUACUGCUAUGGUGUCUCCAUGGGCAAAGAAUGGGUCCUUGACCUCGUAUCUUGAGUCCCGUCGAGACAUUUUGAUCCUCGAUCGAUUUAAACUCCUAUCCGAUAUUGCAAGUGGUCUACGUUAUCUUCAUUCAAAUGAAGUUGUACACGGAGACCUCAGUGGGUCCAAUAUUCUGGUGAUGGAGAAUGGCACCGCUUGUCUUUCAGAUUUCGGGCUUUCCGGUGUUGUAUCCGAAUUCUUCGGUUCGUCAACUUUUUCCUCUACCAUCUCCGGCAAUAUUCGGUGGGGAGCCCCAGAGCUAUUCGCUCUACCGGAAAACCAAGACGGCUCAACCAAUCGCCCUACUAAAGAAGCUGAUAUUUACUCAUUCGGCAGCAUCAUGUUACAAGUUCUCUCUGGAAAGGUCCCUUAUUAUUACAUCAAACAGCAGAUGCAGAUUAUCAUGAUGGUGGUGGAUGGGAGAAAACCUAGACGCCCGGAGGAGCCGAAGAUCGCGGAAGAACAUUGGAGCAUGAUCGAACGUUGCUGGAGUUCCUGCAAUGUUCGACCAACCAUUGAAGAUAUUCUAAAUUUCGUCGUGACACAACUAAAACGUUUGUGAGCAACUUAGCAUACAUCAAAUAACACUCGACACGUCUAUAACGCCUGGAUGAAGCCUCUUAAUACUUCCCUAAGUCCCCUAAGUACGAGUUCUAUGUACUAGUAGGGUGAUUUCUCAGAUCAGUAUGGUACCUUCAUGAUGGCGUUCGACGUCAAAUGAGCGAUAUCCAGCCUUUGGAAGCUUUGCAUCGGCCGAUGAUAAUGAUCGAAGGCAGCGCACUUCUGCUGUCGAUCGGUUGAAUGUCCUGGUGAGUAAGGCUCGAACUCAGGACAGAUAUCAGCAUAAUGAUAAAUAUAUUAAGUUGGAGCAGUGCCGUGGAAGCAUGACAUGCAAAUCAUACAAGUAGUAUGAGUCUUUUUCGGCUGUGUUAUAUAAGUG